AUGGACGGUCCCAAAGCUGCGAAAAAGCGCAAAAUUACAGACAAAUCUGUUCCUCAUGCCAUUCUCCAUAACCCCGAUUUCGCUCAAGACUCACAAAUGUAUCAAGACUUGCUUGCUAUGGAGCGCAAGCUAGACUGGACCAUGAUGCGCAAAAAGGCUGAAAUUCAAGACGCCCUUGCCCGUACACCCUCUACGACCAGAACGCUCAGAAUAUUUUUGAGCCAUACUGUCUCGGGGCAAGCCUGGCAAACCACCCCAGACCUCAAUGACGCGCCUAAUUUUGAUACUGGUGAAGGGAUACCUGCGUGGUCGAUGAAGAUCGAGGGACGUUUGUUAGAGCUUCCCAACCAACGAAUGAGGGACAAGAGUUCGCUGAGAAAGUUCUCUACGUUUAUCAAGCGCAUGAUAGUUGAACUCGACCGAGACCCAGCAUUGUAUCCCGAUGGCAAUAUGGUCGAGUGGCCUCGGGCUAUUGGCCCUCAGAAUCCCCAACUCGAUGGCUUCACGGUUCGUCGGACGGGUGACAUGCCUACCAAAGUGCGCGUCAUAAUCAACCUCGAGCAAUUCCCUGAACAGUACCGCGUUGUACCCGAGCUUGGCAAUAUUCUCGGUAUCAAGGAGGACUCACGUGUCGGCGUAAUUCAACACUUGUGGAAUUACAUCAAGAUUCAAGGCCUUCAAGACAAGGCUGACCGCCGGAUGAUCCACUCGGAUGAGAAACUACGUUAUAUUUUUAACGGCAAAGAGACAUUCUCUUUUCAGCAACUUCCCGAACUCGUCAACCGCUGUCUCGCCACUCCAGAACCGAUUGUCCUCCACUACACAAUCGACCCCAACGUCCCUGCACCCGAUCGUCCUCUCGCUUGGGACGUGGAAGUCAAGAUGGAAGACACUGCGCUCAAGGGUAAAGCGACGGUCAUGGUCCAGGGAAACAAAGAGAGUAUGCAAACUUUAGCCAAGUUGGAUGAAGAAAUUUCAACUCAUGCUCAGUCCCUACACAAUUCAUACCUCAAGCGCACUUUUCUUCAAUCUUUCGCGCAGGACCCGGCGCAUUUCAUUCAGACAUGGUUGGAAUCCCAAUCACGUGAUCUCGAGACUGUCCUGGGUAGCGGCGCUUCUGAGGGGUUAUCUGUUAGACAAGAGGAACUUAGAAGAAGCGAGUUCUUCCAGCUGCCGUGGGUGGAGGAGGCGGUUGCGGUGCAAGAAGGACAAAGACUCGCUCUCAAGGCUACUACAGGAGCCUAA